CGCAAUCGCUCACCUCCAGCAGCCGCUUACCAUUGAGAGAAAUUUGGGGCCGGGCGGCGGGGCCGAUAUAGGCACUGUUGUAGUGUAAAUCUUGAGUGUCUGGACUCGGUGUAUUCCUUAGAAACCGUCAGAGUCCUGGAGGGAGGCCGUUCUGUGAUGUUGCAGGCCUUCACGUCCACGCACUCCCAUCAUCAUCCGCCUCCUUCCUCCUCCAAUCGACGAUGGCAGAACUCAAGCUGAGGACGCCUGAAGAGGCCGUCGCCGCCAUCGCGUAUCUCGCGAGCGACGUGGUCGUGUCGGUGCAGCCGUCGCUGGCCGCCGACUCGGAGUUCUCCAGGCUCCUGAAGCAGCUCGCCGCCCGCAAGCAGCCGAGCUUGGUCGCAAAGACCAGCGAUGCCGUGCCCGAGAUCCAGUCCGUGAGGCACAACAACGACCCUCUGCUCUCCGUCUUCACCCCGAUCCGUUCCGGCCGCCUCGUCUCCGUCACCACCACCUCCGCCAUCCUGCUGCCUGCGGUUGCCCACCUCUACAAGCUCGCGCACCUGCCCGUGGUGCUCCAUGUCGCUGUCGCGCCCAAGAGCUUCCCCGACUUCUCGGCCAUCACGUCGAUCCGCAAUUCCGGCUGGACCUUCUUGCAGUCAUGGUCCCUGCAGGAGGCCCACGACAUCGCCUUGACGGCCCACGCUCUCGCCAUCCGCUCCGGCAAGGGCGUCAUACACUUCUUUGACCCUGCCGCGAGCGCCAACGACGAGGCCAUCGACGUUGCCCCUGCGGAGGUCGUCCGCAGUAUUCUCAACCUCGACAAUGUGCGCAGGUUCCAGUCCGCCCCCAUCUCUGGCGCGAGCAUCUACGCCGAUGACGGCCGCGUCGCCGUGGUCUCCGAGCAGCCGGAGCCCCUGACCACGGAAACGGUUCGCGUGGGCGCCGUACCGGCCACCGAGGUCGAGCUCGCCUCGCCCACUAUCACCUCACAGUCCUCAGCCAAGUCCACCCAGCAGAGCGCCGCGAGCUCCCCCCCUCUCCCCUCGGCUGCGACCACUAUCGAGCCCGCCGCGCCUAUCGUCUCGUCCGAAGACAUCUACAAAUACGUGACCUCCAUCUGGUCCCAGCUCAGCCACCUCGUCGGGAGGCAGUACAGCGCUUUCGAGUGGACGGGACCAGCCAAGGCCGAGACCUGCCUCUUCCUUUUUGGGUCUGAUGUGGCGCUUUUCGCGGACGCCAUUGCACACGCGCAGGCUGACGAUGCUUUCGCGAACGCGGGAUUGAUUGUUCCCAGGCUGUACCGGCCGUGGCUCGGGACAAGAUUGCUCGAAGCCCUGCCCAAGUCCGUGAAGAAGAUCGCUGUUCUCGAACAGGUGUCGAGAAAGACGACGAAGUGGGGCCCGGUUCUGCUCGAUGUUCUGACUUCGGUCAAGAGCGCCGCCGGCGGUGUGGAGACCAUCGUCGGUCACCAGCUGGGGUACCUCUCCAAGGACACCCUUCGGCAGGCCCUCCGCGGUGUCUUCCAGAACCUGACCGCGGACAAGCCCGUGCAGAGCCUGGAGGUUGGCGAGCGCGAAGCACCGCAGCCGUCCCCCGAGUACGGCCUCGAGAAGCCCAAGCUCGAGACCGCUUAUACGAAAAUCCUCAACCAGCUCUUUGGCACCAGGGCGUACAUCGCCAACUCGCUCGACUCUGACAACGCCGGCAUCUCCAGCACGAUUUCCGCGACCCCCGAGUUCGGGUUCGGCUCAUUGCUUGCCCGAAAGGAGCGUAGGCAACAGUUCGUUUCUGAAGUCAAGGAGGCGGCCAGCUCGGGUCAGUUCCUCACCGACGUCCCCAAGCGCUCGCUCGCAAACUGGCUGGCAAACGCCGAGGACGUCAAGAAGGCCGACGAGGCUGCUGAGGACGCCGUGUCCAAGCUGACCAUCGACAAUUCGCGCUUGUCCAGGUCGCUGCUGCAGAACAAGCACUUCUUCCGCAAGCAGUCGCUCUGGCUCGUGGGAUCGGACGCUUGGGCCUACGAUCUGGGCAACUCGGGUGUCCACCACGUCUUGGCCUCAGGCGAGAACGUCAACAUGCUGAUUAUCGACUCCACCCCCUACUCGGAGCGCGCCGCGGCUGACGCCAACCGGAGGAAGAAGGACAUUGGUCUCUACGCCAUGAACUUUGGCAACGCCUACGUUGCGUCGACGGCCGUCUACAGCUCCUACACGCAGGUGCUGCAGGCCAUGGAUGAGGCUGACAAGUUCAACGGCCCCUCCAUCGUGCUGGCGUACCUGCCUUACUUCGGAGAGCACGACUCUCCCCUCACCGUCCUCCAGGAGACCAAAAAGGCCGUCGACGUCGGCUACUGGCCCCUGUACCGCUGGAACCCUGACAACGAGAAGAAGGGCGAGCCCAAUUUCUCCCUGGACUCCGAGCGGAUCAAGAAGGAGCUGAAGGAGUUCCUGGACAGGGAGAACAGGCUCACACAGCUCAUGCGGCGUGAGCCGCAGUUUGGUGGCGUCCUGUCGGAGGAUUUCGGGACGGAGAUCCGGGCGCAGCAGAGGAGGCGAGCCAAGGAUGCCUACAACCAGUUGCUGGAAGGCCUGUUCGGCGCCCCGCUCACCAUCUUGUUCGCUUCGGAUAACGGCAACGCGCAGUCUCUGGCGAAGCGGCUAGGGGUCAGGGGCAGAGCACGUGGCCUGAAGACGACCGUUAUGGCCAUGGAGGAUUACCCGGUGGAGGACCUGCCGACCGAAGAGAACAUUGUCAUGAUCACAUCCACAGCCGGGCAGGGCGAGUUCCCGCAGAACGGCAGGCCGUUCUGGGAUGCCAUCAAGGACAGCACCGAGCUCGAUCUAGCCUCUGUGAAGUACUCGGUCUUCGGCCUGGGUGACAGCCACUACUGGCCGCGGAAAGAGGACAAGGUCUACUACAACAAGCCUGCCAAGGACCUGGACAGGCUGCUGGCCAACUUUGGUGCGACCAGGCUCACAGCAAUCGGGCUCGGCGAUGAUCAAGAUCCGGACGGAUACCAGACCGGCUACCAAGAAUGGGAGCCCAGGCUCUGGGAGGCGCUUGGCGUGGCCAACGUGGAGGGCCUCCCGGAGGAGCCGCCCCCGCUCACCAACGAGGACAUCAAGCUGGCGUCGAACUACCUGCGCGGCACCAUCGCCGAGGGUCUCAAGGACACGUCUACCGGCGCCAUCUCGGCGGCCGACCAGCAGUUGACCAAGUUCCACGGCACGUACAUGCAGGACGACCGCGACGUCCGCGACGAGCGCAAGGCGCAGGGUCUGGAGCCGGCCUACUCCUUCAUGAUCCGGUGCAGACUGCCGGGCGGCGUCGCGACGGCGAAGCAGUGGAUCCAGAUGGACGACAUCAGCACGCAGCUGGGCAACGAGACGAUGAAGCUCACGACGCGGCAGACCUUCCAGUUCCACGGCGUCGUCAAGGGCAAGCUCAAGCCUGCUAUGCAGGCCAUCAACCGGGCGCUGAUGACGACCCUCGCCGCCUGCGGCGACGUCAACCGCAACGUCAUGUGCAGCCCGCUCCCGACGCAGUCCAAGUACCACCGCGAGGUGUACGCCUGCUCGAAGCGGAUCAGCGACCACCUGCUGCCGGCGACGACGGCGUACCACGAGAUCUGGCUCACCGACGACGACGACAAGAAGACGCAGGUUGCCGGCAAUGCGGUGCAGGACUUUGAGCCGCUCUACGGCCCGACCUACCUGCCGCGCAAGUUCAAGGUCUCGAUCGCCAUCCCACCGCACAACGACGUCGACGUCUACGCGCACGACAUCGGCCUCAUCGCCAUCAAGGGCAGCGACGGUCACCUCGAGGGCUUCAACCUGCUGGCCGGCGGCGGCAUGGGCGCCACGCACAACAACAAGAAGACGUACCCGCAGGUGGGCCGCAUGAUGGGCUUCGUCAAGGCGGACGAGGUGCACAUCGCCUGCGAGAAGGUCAUGCUGGUGCAGCGCGACUUUGGCGACCGCAAGAACCGCAAGCACGCCCGGCUCAAGUACACGAUCGAUGACAUGGGCGUCGACGCGUUCCGGGCCAAGGUGGAGGAGUACUGGGGCAAGACGUUCGAGGCGGCGCGGCCGUUCCACUUCGACAGCAACGUCGACACGUUCGGGUGGACGCGGGACGAGACCGGCAUGAACCACUUCACCUUCUUCAUCGAGAACGGGCGGGUCGAGGACAGGGCCGACUUCCGCAUGAAGACGGGCCUGCGGGAGAUCGCCAAGGUGCACAAGGGCGAGUUCCGGCUGACGCCCAACCAGCACCUCAUCCUCAGCAACGUGGCGGACGAGGACGUGGCGGGCAUCAAGGCGCUCAUGGCCGAGUACAAGCUCGACAACUUGCAGUUCUCGGGGCUGCGGCUGAGCUCGUCGGCGUGCGUCGCGUUCCCGACGUGCGGGCUGGCCAUGGCGGAGAGCGAGCGGUACCUGCCGGUGCUGAUCUCCAAGCUGGAGGGCUGCCUGGAGGAGAACGGGCUGCGGCAGGACUCGAUCGUCAUGCGUAUGACGGGCUGCCCGAACGGGUGCGCGCGGCCGUGGCUGGCCGAGGUCGCCUUCGUCGGCAAGGCCUACGGCGCCUACAACAUGUACCUCGGCGGCGGCUACCACGGGCAGCGGCUCAACAAGCUGUACCGGUCGAGCAUCAAGGAGGACGAGAUCCUCGCCAUCAUGAAGCCGCUGCUCAAGCGGUACGCGACGGAGCGCCUCGAGGGCGAGCGGUUCGGCGACUGGACCAUCCGGGCCGGCAUCAUCAAGGCGACGACGGAGGGUCGGGACUUCCACGAGGGGGUCGCCGAGGAAGAGUCGGACGAGGAGUGAAGUUGCCGUUGUCGUUGUCGUUGUUGUUGUUGUCGUUUGUAGAUUAAUCUGCGGGAGCAUGCAUGCAUCUGGACCACCACCUAUCCUUGCAUUUCUCGUGUCUCGGGCGUCAAAAAAAUUAACUAGUUGCACGUACAUAUCUUCGCAUAUUGACCAUAUUGACGUAUCAUACCUGAUCCAUCUUGCACAGAAUGUUUUGUUUUUGUUUGCCAGUAAAAUGCAGCAAUGCAGGACUGUUUUACGCACGUAACAUGUGCCAGCUGCCGUGUCCCAGGAAUGUGUCUGGUCUCGAUGUAGCGGCGCGGAGAAGCAGUUGGGAAACGAACUGAGAGCCGUGACUUGCUCUGCGUUGGAGGGAUCAACGAUUGGCGAUCGAUGCUUAGCUGGUUUGGUGCAAGUGAGGUUAUGGUUGACCUGACUGGACCCCCC